UAUUAUAGAACAAAAGCGCUCUUGUCGCAUAUACGUUAGACAGUUUAUGACUCUCAGAUUCUGAGAAUCGGAUAUUGAUGUAAAUGUUUAGAUGAAAAAUAAUAUUACUCUCAAACAACAAAUAGAGUAAAAUAAUUGAAGUAGUUGACUUGUUUAAGAUAUAGUUUGAUUUUGAAGAAGUGAUAAUAAUUAUAGUUUAAAAAUUAUAAUUAUUUUACGAUGAGAAGGAAAUUUUAGAAGUUUAGACGCUAAAUAAAUAUUUAUUUGAAGAAAUAUUUAUAAAAACUAUAUCUCGAAAUUAAAUUAAGUUAUAAAGUGUUGUUUUUAAGUUACGUUUAUUAGAGUAGGCGUGAAAUAAAAUCCAAACUAAAAUAUUUUUUCAUUAAUAAGGGGCCUGGAGUAUCUGUUAGCCCAACAAUGUCAACAACUACACCUCCAGCUACAUUGCAAUCAAGUACGAGUGCAAUUGCGACAAGUACACCAGUUGGUCAGUCAAAAGCUCUUGCAAACACCUCAACAAGUCAAAGUACUAACACACCAACUCUGUCGACUGGUGGUGGUAUUCCAAGUACUCACCAUCAAGAUCAACAGCAACAUACUUCACAAGCUAACCAAGAAUUGCAACAGUUCUUGAGUAAGCAACGUGAAAAUAUUGAACUUCAAAACAAAGGUUUUGAGUCAAUGAAAAUUUUGAUGGAUCACAUUCAGAAAGCUUCUUAAAACUUUUUAGCUGUAGAACGGCUACGAAUCCAAAGCGCUCGAGGUAAUUUGAUUAGCUCAACUGCCUUUUUAGAUGAAACAGCAACGCAAAUAGGUGCUGGGGCAAGUGCUCAAUCAAGUCCACAAGACUUUAAUAUAGAAGUGAUUGACUCUACAAUAAAGGCUCCUAGUAAUUUAGAUGAAGAAGCUAUUAUUAAAAGGAAACAAGCAGUAAGAGAAAUUAUUACUAGCCAUUUAGAUGAUAAAUACUAUAAAAAAGUUCUUUCAAUUAAAGAUUCUGAAACUGUUAUUAAAAAAUUGAGAGAAGCUAAAAGGGUUGAAAACAAUGUUACUCACACUUCAGUGAGAACGAAGUUGUAUGGCAUGAGACUGCAACCCAGGGAGAGUAUUGAUCAUUUUUGGAACAGAUUUGAAAAUACUAUCGUUGAAUAUGAAAACUGUGAUAACGCAGUGCCUUUGACAGAUGAAGAGAAAAGGUCAGCCUUUUACCAAGCUGUCUGCGGUGUCAUACCAGAAGUCAGGACUGCAGAUUUAAUUCACAGAAGAGUAACCAAAAAAUCAAUGACUCUGGAUGAGUUGAAGUCUCAUUUGCUGGAAAUGGAGGCUGAGAAAAAAUCAUGGAAUUCUCAGGAGCAGGUUGCGAGUGCAAACCAAGCAAAGCGCUUCAAAAGGUACCAUGACAACUGUCAUAGAUGUAACAAGUCGGGUCAUUAUAUAAAACAGUGUCCGCUAGAAGCUACAGGUGAAUGGUAUUGUUAUAUUUGCCAAGUGAUAACUGAUCACAAUGCAAAUACCUGUACCAAAUAUGAUGCUGCUAGUCAAAGUUCAAGAAACUCCGACUACAUACGCGGUCGUGGUGGUCGUGGUAGAGCUAGAGGUAGAGGAACGUCGAGAGGAAGAUCGACUUGGAGAGCUGGUUUCAGAGUUAAAUCCAGAGGAUUUGCUAAGACCAACCGAAAGGCGUUUGGGAAACAAGCUGUUCCACCAAAGGAUGGGGAAAACCAGAAGCCACAAGCCAGACAAGCAGAAACUAAUAACCAGUCAUAGCAGUGUGCGCAGUGGAGAGUACAAUGGAGUUCAAAGGCAACUUUUAAUUUAAUAUUUGAUUGAUACUUUUAUAUUCGUUAUUAUAUGCCAUUGAUAUUUUAUAUUAGAUGUGUUCACGAUCGUAAGUCGAUCUUAGAUGUAAUUUUAAAAUUAUUGUAAGAGAUGUAUGUGCAAAGCGAGGGAGUGUUAAAAAUGACGUGCUUUGCGCAUACAUGAGGCACCAUCUAUUAGAUGAGAAAAACAAUAUCUGGUCCUCUGGGUUAUGCUCGUGCGCAUAGACACACUCACUCUGAAAGAGAACUUUGUACGAUAAACACGUGCUUCUAUAUACACUCGGUGUAUUUUAAAUAAAGCAGUUACUACAAAUAGUACAUACAUAUAUUUAUCAAAAUCGUUGUGUUAUAUUUUCAAUAUACAGCCAUCCUUCCUAGCUUCCAUUAUAUAUAUUUAAACCUUUACUCCUUCAUAUAUAUUAUAUUUCAUUCUUAAUAUACCUAUAUAAUACAACCGAUUUUAAACAACAGCAUUGUUGCCACUUUUUCUAUUCCAUUCUAUUUUCUUAUGCAAAUAUAUUACAGAUUUUCAAAAUCAAUUCUUGUGGUCUCCCCAUUUCUCUACAGUCUAAACUACUGAACUGAUAUUGAUCAAGUUCUGGGAAAAUUUGGUGACAACACUCUUGAUGUAUUGUGCAAAAUAUAAUUUGUACCUAAAAAAUUGCAUCCACCUAUGAACACUUUCGUUCUAAAGUACUAUGCAAAUUUCAUUCUUUGUUAUUGAAUCUUCUAGCUUUCUGGAAGGUGUUUAAUACUUACACUAAGCUACAACGUCAUAUUUUGUAUAAAAAAAGUUAUUAUAUUAACUAAUGUUGUACCCCGUAUAUAUUUGAAAUGAGAAUCAAUUCUUUAUCUAUUCACGUAUUCACUAAAUUACUAAACAAAAACACAAAACAAAUUUCAUAUAUAAUUUAAUAUUUGAUUUUUAUUGUUUUCCCUUUAUCACCCUGUAAGCUGAGCAAAAUUACCGUAACAUAAAUUUACGGGUUUGUAUUGUAAAAUCACCGUAUAAAGUUUUACGGACAUAUUGCUUAUAAUAGUUUAUUUAUCAAGCAAAACUAUCAUAAUCCCUUGUACGAGACACAUUUCAAAGUUAGUUGGA